UGCGAUGAAUUUACUCAAAAGUUUUUGAGAAAAUUAGGCGUGAGAGUAGGAGAAGCUGAGCCUAUUCCUAAAGAUCCAUAUUCCCAAGUCAGAAAAUCGAUUAAGGAGUCUAUGCAGCCUCUGAAGCCCUAUGAGAGACUGGACAAAUUGCGAAGCUUUUUAGAUCAUGAUAAGCAUGUUCUCCGCUUUUAUUGCUUCUGGGACGAUACCCAAUCACUUUAUGGGGAUCCAAGAGAAAUGCUUUUGCACUACUUUCUUUGUGAGUAUGCUCAUAUUUCCGAUGGUACGAUAGAAAUUCAUGAGGUAAUACCCCCAAAUUCUGGCCGUGAUAGCGCAUCAACAUUUCUGAAACGGCAAAAGUUGCCAAAGCUAAUAGACUCUUUGCCAUUACCGGGAGCCGUCACAGAUCGUACAUUACUUAAUGUUUUGGGUAACUCACAGCACGGAGGAAGAUAUAUUCUCGACAAUUUAAAGGUGGAUUUAUUUUGA